CCAUAUUGUCGCCGCCGUCGCUGGAGCGAGGAAGGGCGAGCGAGCUGUGCGCGACGCAGGCAGACAUGGAAACCAUGGCGAGCCCAGCAAAAGAGAACAGCUACAGAAUGAAGAGUUACAAAAACAAAGCAUUGAACCCUGAGGAAAUGCGUCGGAGAAGAGAAGAGGAGGGCAUCCAGCUCCGUAAACAGAAACGGGAGCAGCAGCUCUUCAAAAGAAGAAAUGUGGAGCUUAUUAAUGAAGAUGCUGCUAUGUUUGACAGCCCCCUUGUAGACUCCUUUGUUAGCUCAACCACUGGAGGAGAGGGCAUGAUCACAAGAGAGAUGGUGGAAAUGCUGUUUUCAGAAGACCCUGAUCUUCAGCUAGUAACCACCCAGCGGUUUAGGAAACUUCUUUCAAAAGAGCCCAAUCCUCCAAUAGAUGAAGUAAUAAGCACUCAGGGAGUGGUGGACAGGUUUGUGGAGUUCCUAAAGAAAAGUGAAAACAGCACCUUACAGUUUGAAGCUGCAUGGGCGUUAACAAACAUUGCCUCGGGCACCUCACUACAAACCAAAAUAGUAAUUGAGGCUGGAGCAGUUCCAAUCUUCAUUGAAUUGCUGAGUGCUGAUUUUGAAGAUGUCCAAGAACAGGCUGUUUGGGCACUGGGGAACAUUGCUGGAGACAGUUCUGCCUGUCGGGAUUAUGUCCUCAACUGUGGCAUCCUUCCUCCCUUGUUGUUACUCCUCACAAAAUCUACCAGGUUGACAAUGACACGAAAUGCUGUUUGGGCAUUGUCAAACUUAUGCAGAGGAAAAAACCCACCACCUGAAUUUGAGAAGGUAUCAUCCUGUUUGCCAGUCUUGUCACGCUUACUCUUCAGCAGCGACUCAGACUUGCUAGCAGAUGCGUGUUGGGCACUCUCCUACCUGUCGGAUGGCCCUAAUGAGAAAAUCCAGGCCGUAAUAGAUUCUGGGGUGUGUCGGCGACUGGUGGAAUUGCUGAUGCACAGCGACUACAAGGUGGCUUCUCCAGCUUUGCGUGCUGUCGGCAACAUUGUGACGGGGGACGAUAUCCAGACCCAGGUUAUCCUGAAUUGCUCAGCUUUGCCUUGUCUCCUUCAUCUUCUCAGCAGUCCCAAAGAGUCUAUUCGGAAAGAAGCUUGCUGGACGAUCUCUAAUGUCACAGCAGGAAACAGGGCUCAGAUACAGGCAGUCAUAGAUGCCAACAUUUUCCCAGUGCUGAUUGAGAUCUUGCAGAAGGCCGAGUUCCGUACAAGGAAAGAAGCUGCAUGGGCAAUCACGAACGCCACAUCAGGGGGAACUCCAGAACAGAUCAAAUAUUUAGUAAACCUGGGCUGUAUCAAGCCGCUGUGUGACCUCCUCACAGUCAUGGACUCCAAGAUUGUUCAAGUCGCCUUGAAUGGCUUGGAAAAUAUAUUACGGCUGGGUGAGCAAGAGGCAAAGCAGAGCGGCGCUGGCAAUCCCUACUGCAGCCUCAUUGAGGAAGCUUAUGGUUUGGAUAAAAUAGAAUUUCUCCAGAGCCAUGAAAACCAAGAGAUCUACCAGAAGGCCUUUGAUCUGAUUGAGCAUUAUUUCGGCAUUGAGGAUGAUGACUCCACUUUGGCUCCGCAAGUAGACGAGGCCCAGCAGCAGUUCAUCUUCCAGCAACCAGAGGCCCCCAUGGAAGGCUUCCAGCUAUAACGUGUGCACUGAGAUUGUGGGGGAAGAGUACCAUAACUUUGCUGGGAAGCUAACUGCAGACAGCCUUCAUAAACCCCAGCCCUGUUCUCUUCUCUGCCAAGCGGGAGGCGGCAGUGCCACUCCACCUGCUACCAAACAGCUUCCUCCUUCACUGACACGCGGCAGCAAUGCUUGGCUCUCAUGAAGAGGAGCUACUCCCACACACACCACAUUUUUCUUUUGUUGCUGCACAGUUGUGUCAAAGCAGGUGCUGAAGUGGAUGAAAGAGGAGGUGUGAAUCAGUUACGCCUUCAAGUGUGUGGUUUUCCUCUUUUUCUUUUCCUUUUUUCGGUGGUGUUUUUUCCUCAGACAAGACUCUUCAAAUGGGUACUUGAGAGAUUACUUCUUUCCCUAACGGAAGAAGGCAAAGUAACAAACCAUAACCUAGGAAUCCAAUAUUGGAUGCUUGGGUUCAACUAUUUAAAAAAAACAGCAACAAUCUUUUUGCACAUCUUAAUUUUUAUUAAAGACUCUUCUUAAUCUGCCAAAAGCACCACUUUGCCCCUCCCUUUUGUUUUGUUUUGUCUUUUUGGAACCCUCUUGCCAAACAGCACCUUUCAAGGGAUUUGGGCCAAGUUGCUGCUGCUCUUGCCCUCCCCCACUUAAAAAUGUUCCUGUACAGAGAUGCAGGAAAAGGUGGACAACUCCCUUCCACCAUGCAUUGAAAAGACUCUGGCCUUCAUGAGGGGAUUCUCUUUGGAAUGAAAGAGUUCAAGCAAGGCAGCAAUCCCCACACCCUCCUGAAGAUGCUCUUAAAGGAAAGGCACAAGAUGACAGGACUUAAAGCACAGCUGCCACUUAAGGUGGGCUUCACUUACAUUUGCUACUGACUGAAGUGUUGAACUGGUGGAAGAAACCCCAUCUGGCAUCUUUACUUGAAGAAAAAUUGAAAAACUUACUGAAGCCUUUUGGUUAAUGUCAUUUAUUUUUAAUUUUUAUGUUUCUUGGACAGCUUGGUUGGGGACAGAUCUGACAUGUUUCUUGGAGGAGAUGAUGUAACCACCCUCUGUGGAACAUAAUCUCCUCCAGGUUCAAAGUGGCCUGUGUUUCUCAAAAUUACCUCCUGCUCACAACUGUAUCGUGUACAUUUUACUUCAAAAUGAAGAAGUCAAAGCUCUGUAUUUUUUAUAUAUUAUAUAUACAAGUAGAUAUUUGUCUAAUUCGGUCUCCAAAUGGAGGGGAAACUAAUUCUUCUAAGAGAUAUAAAUAGGAUACUUUGUGGCAGGUUUGCCUAGGAACACGGCCAUAAAAAUGUUAGUUCUCUUGUGUUCCCCUCUUUGCCUACUGUAUGAGCCACCAGACUAGAUGAACUCCUUUACCAGGUAGAGGUUACUUGGCCAAGGCUGGAUAUCUACUAUGGCAGAAUAUGAGAAACUAUAAGCUUAUUUCUGGGAUGGGGAAGGCCCCUUCAGGUGUCUUAAUAAAAGCUUACAGUCUGCACACAUGAUUCCCCCCUUCUCGCGCUCCCAUGUUUGAAUUCAGGGUUCCCAAAGCCUUCAAGAACAGAUAUUCAAGCAGGUGUGAAGUUGGAUGUGAAGCCUUUGGCUGUAUUUUGUAAAAGAGAUUUGCUUUUCAUUGUUUAAAAAAAAAAUGCCAAGGACAUUUAAUAAACUACAUCUCUGCAUUCAA